AUGGGGCGGGGUCCUGCUACUACACAAGAUGCAGAGGUCCCGAGAAACCAAAUGGCUCGUUUCCACAGUUACUUGCAUGGAGGAACAUCCAGUUUGCUCUCCACCCUUCCCACUAUCAUCGUCUUCCCGGUUUACAAGACGGUUUUCCGACAACAGCUCCAUAACACCUUGAUUCGUCAGGCAGUGGGACAGCUCUACAGGGAGGGGCCCAUCAAGCUUUACAGAGGGGUUGCCCCACCCUUACUGAUGAGGACAUUGAAUGGGACACUUCUCUUUGGUCUACAGGAUACCCUUGUCCAACAGUUGUCUUCAUCAUCUCUGAAUACCCUGCCCAUCUUUGCCCUGUCUGCACUCGCAGGAAUGGGUGCAGGUAUUGUAGAGGCCCUGGUCUUCACACCAUUUGAACGUGUCCAAAAUGUGUUGCAGAAUGGAAAAAACGACCGCAAGCUGCCUACCCUAAGGAGCAUUCUUGUCAGGCUGAGUUCAGAGAGGUUGGCCCUAGGGUACUACAAGGCAUUGUUGCCAAUUGCAACUCGCAACGCCAUAGGGAGCUGCCUUUACUUUGGCCUGAAGGGACCCUUGUGUGCCAUCGUAGAGCAAAAGGGGCUCUCUCCAACAGCCUCCUCAUUUAUGUCUGGUACCCUGACCUCCAUGGCAAUCAGCUUGCCUCUGUACCCACUCUCUGUGCUUGUGGCUAACAUGCAAGCACAGGUGGGGGAAGAAAUGAAUGGCAUGAAAGGAAGUUGGAGGAAGUUGUGGGAAUCCCGCCAGCGGAGUAUUACUCUGCUUUACCGGGGAGGUUCUCUGGUUAUUCUGCGAUCAUGUAUCACAUGGGGAAUCACCACUGCUAUCUAUGACAAGCAAGAGAGGCAGGCAGGCUGA